AUCGAACUGUGAGCAACGUACGUGUCAGUCAGUCAUACAUUGUUUUCUUCGGUUCCUUCAUUGCUAUGUCGCUGGUGGUGCUGCUAUUAUUCCAAUAAGGAAAACCGGGAACAAAAUCGCAUAUUGCGGCGAACGUGAUCGUUUUUCGGUGACAGUAAAGUAGAAAUAAUUUUAAUUUCAAACUGCAAAUACAUACGCGUACGGCCAGCAAGGCGCAGUCAGUCUGAAGGAAGAGUGUGAAUUGUGAAAUUUUUUCUCGAAUGAACUUCGUUGUUUACUCAAAGCUGUCGUGACAAAGGGGUGUACUAGAUGGAUAUUUACUGGUGUUGGUAGACUGAAAGGUGAAGUUAUGUGCUAGGCUUUAUCGUCGAUAAUGUGCAAAGUAAGCCAUUGAUUGUAUUAUAUUUUUGUUCGCUGACAAUCUCGAAUAAAUAAUUGAUGAGACCGUGUGAGACACCCUGCUGCGGUAAGGUCAACACUUAGAAAAGAAUUCAUAAGUUUAAAACGCACAUCUUAACAAAGUAAGCGGCAUCAAUAAAACAGAUCAAGUGACCUUAGAGGGGAGAGGUGAAACAUAGAUUGAUAAAUGAAAACAAUUUAUUCAGUAUUUUGCCUUGAGAGCGAUUACGGAACGACUUUUUUCUACUGAAAAGCAAUCUCGUGUUACUGAAAGUGCCAUAGUGUGCGUGCGUCUAGCGCAACUUGUGUCACGAAGGCAAAAACAAACAAGUGUCUAGUUGAAUAUUUGGAUAUCGUCGUGAGCUGCGAAAUAUACAAAUUCAUUUGAAGAAGCGAGCAAAAUGCGGAAUAAUAUCAACAACAACAGCAUGGAAUCAUUCUACGAGGACAGCAACGGGCAGUACGUGCCGGCCACGAGUCAGGCGCCGACCAACACAAGGAAUGGACUGAAACGACCUGCCACCCUGGAACUAAAUCCAGGCAAAAGUCGCAAAGCGCGAUUCAACGCCUCGGUGACGGCUGCACCCGUACUGACCUCGCCGGAUCUGCAAGUACUGAAACUGGUCUCGCCGGAACUGGAAAAGAUAAUCAUCAAUAACGCAGCUCUGCCCACGCCGACGCCGAGCAGUAUCCUUUACCCGACGAAGGCAACCACCGAGCAGGAACAGUUUGCCAAAGGCUUCGACGAAGCUCUUCUUUCGAUGCAUGAAAAAGACAACAUUAACAAAAUGAUCAUCAACAAUAAUAAUAACAACACCACUAACAGUAACAACAACAACAACACCAACAGCAGCAACAAUAACAGCGUUUCGUCGGUUUCGACGGUUUCGAGCGUCACAACCGCGACAACCACCACUCACAACACGAUGAGCGGCGGUGACAUCACCUACACCGAUCUCGAUAGCUACCCCGGAAUGAUCAAGGAGGAACCGCAAACCGUGCCGCAGUCCCCGCCCGUCAGUCCCAUUGACAUGGAAAAUCAGGAGCGCAUCAAGCUGGAGCGUAAACGACUGCGGAACCGCGUGGCCGCCUCGAAGUGCCGCAAGCGUAAGCUGGAACGCAUCUCCAAGCUAGAGGACAAGGUGAAGGACCUAAAGACGCAGAACACCGAACUGUGCAGUAUCGUGUUUAACCUAAAGCAACACGUGAUCCAGCUGAAACAACAGGUGAUAGAGCACCACAGCUCGGGCUGCACUAUCACGCUGACCGGAAAGUUUUAAGUCCCCAAAAGCCCCCAUCAUUAUGCCGAAAAGGCUUAUAUGCUAGCAAAGCGCUCUUUCGACCGACCGCGAUCGGUGGCGCGAUCGCGACGAGCAACUAUUUAUUUACAAUCAUGGUGUUGAGCAUCCUACCACAGUCCCCCUGUUUCCUGUAUCUCUCUUCCCGUUGUAGCGUGUAAGCACAAGGUAUAAUUCAGAGUUCUGUGUAGCAUAACCGCUUAUAUUGCGACGAACAGAAAUGCCUUAAAAGUUGAAACGAGCGUUAGUGUUAACCAUUAGCAAAGUAAGCGAUAACUUAGGAGCGGAAGAGCGGUGUGCAUAUUAAGAAUACGAAAAAAAAUAAACGCUUUAUUAUUUUCUGUUGCAAGGCAAAAGAUGAAAAACACGUAAAACACAAUUUACGCGCAUACAAAUAAGCAAACAAGAUGAUUCUAGUCUACGGUAAAAAAAAGUUCGCAAACAAUUAAAAAUUGUGAGCGUCUAUAAGAAGUUUUUUUUAAAUUUACAACACAAUGAUAAACAAUGAACUCAAAUGUGUCAUAAAAAGUUCCAACAUGUAAACGUACCAAGUAUUGCGGAUAUUCGUUCUUGUAUUGUUUGGAAAAUAAUUGUAAUACUGAUAAGUAAAUUAUUUCUAUUUGUAUCUUUACUCAGUUACUGUUUUAGUCAUCGCAAUAGGCAAGCAAUCUUAAUUUCAAAAUGUUUCAAUUUCUCAUAACGAAUUCGUUUAUCUAACCUUGUUUUGGGACUGAACGAAUGGCUUGAGUUCGUUCUGCAAGAAACUGGGUUUACGUAAAAAAUUCGCUAUUAGCUUUUUAAAUUUGUUCUGUUUCAACCGCUAAUAUAUUGAGAAGUUUUUAGUUUUACCAACCGAUAGGUACCAUUAAAACCAAUCAACUUAGCUAAGCAUCGAACGAACUGUGCUGGAAAGCUUUAUGGAUGUGAGCAUUCAAAAGUUAUUUACA